AUGCAGGGAAAGGCUCAACUUAAGCUGGAUGAAGGAAAAAGGGGAACCCUCAGCGUUUCCGAAAUCCAAGCAAACAUACACAGCGCUCUAAUUGACAGUUUCACCACCAGGAUGUGUGAAGAGGAGCGCUGCUUCAAUGGACUCCGGAUUCCAGCCAAAAUGAGUGUUGUGAUUCCUGUGCAUCAAAUACACCACGACCCGGAGCUGUGGGACGAUCCUCAGAAGUUUUGCCCUGAGAGGCUUAGUGAUGAUAACGGAAGAAACUUUAAUCCCAUGGCAUACCAAGCAUUCGGCAAUGGUCCACGGAGCUGCAUCGGCAUGCGCUACGCUCAACAGCUACUAAAGCUGACGUUUGCCAACAUUUUAGUGAAGUACAAGAUCAUUCCCGACGAAAGAUACGUCGAGGAAGAUCAUCUCAAACUGUCCACCUCUUUUGUCUUCUGCAAACCUCGGGAUGGCGUUUGGCUUAAGUUUCAGAGGAUUGACAGUGAGACAUAA